ACCGGGCGAUUAAGCCGUGUGCUUAAGUCUAUAGCUACAAAGGCAGAAACCGGAAGUUCACUUGCCCAUGCCAGCCUCUCUUUUUUCCAUGAAAUCCUGCCGAAACCUCAGGUUGUCUCUCGGCAUUAGCUGCACUGUUCACACACGCUCGCUUGGGAUAACAGUCGCCGUCCGUUGUCACUUGUCACUGCUACGUUGCCGCUCUACGUCUCUCUCGGAAGCUUUGCUUUCUCACUGUAGUUCCCAUACGGUUUUCAGCCUUCAAUUGCCCUUGGUAUCUUGGCUGGGAUGGCUCUAGAAAUGGAUCCGCGACCGGCUCCAUUCCACUCCUCGUCCUCGUCGUUGACGCCGCCGGCGCCGUCGUCGAACGCGAGUAUCACCAUGGUGAUCAUCACCGUCGUGGGCAUCCUCGCGGCGUUCGCGCUCCUCGCGAGCUACUACGCGUUCGUGACAAGGUGCCAGCUGCUCCGCGCGCUCUGGUCGCGCCACCCGCCGUGGCACCGGCUCGCGCGCGGCGGCCGGGAGCCGUCCGUCAUCCGCGCCGUCGCGACCGAGGACCGGCAGGGCCUCGGUCUGCCGCUCAUCCGCAUGCUCCCGGUCGUCAAGUUCACGGCGGCGGCGUGCGACGCCGAGGACGGCAUGGCCGGGAGGAUAUCCGUGUCCGAGUGCGCCGUGUGCCUGAGCGAGUUCGUGGAGCGGGAGCGCGUCCGGCUGCUGCCCAAUUGCUCGCACGCCUUCCACAUCGACUGCAUCGACACGUGGCUGCAGGGCAGCGCCCGGUGCCCCUUCUGCCGGAGCGACGUCAGGCUGUCGGCUACGCGGUUGCCAGCGCGCUGCGCCUCGGCGACGACUGCGCCCCUCGGCCACCGCGACGACGAGCUCGCCAGCGAUAGCAUUAUGAUCGAGGUGAGAGGAGAGAACGAGCGCUGGUUCAGCCACGGCACUGCCACGCCGGCCGGCAGAAGGCUCCGGCAGCAGAAACGCAAGGCGGAGAGCGUCGACGACGAGGCCAUCGACACGAGGAAGGACGAGGAAUUCGCGGUGCAGCCCUUGCGGCGGUCCCUCUCCCUGGACUCCUCCUGCGACAAGCGCCUCUACGUGUCUGUCCAGGAGUUCCUCACCACGCAAAGGCAAGUGUGCGAUCCAUCCGUCCAUUGAUCAUCGACGCCAUAGCUGUGCAGAAUAGCCUGCUGGAUAUAGAUUGUGGCGGUAGAUUCUUUUGUAGGCGUUAGUGACUGCAAACACACACAAAAAGUACGCAUGGCUUUUUGUGCCCGGCACGACAUCCUGCCACUCCAUGGUUGCAAGUCUCUUUCUUUCUUUCUUUCCUUUCUUUUUUUUUUUUUGUUUUUUUGAGACAGAUUGCAGGU